UUGGCCCCAGCAGGCAGCAUGGAGGACGCGCUGAGGCGGGAGCUGGGCACCGCGGUGCUCCGGCCGACCGGCCACUCGGGGGGCGGCUGCAUCAGCCAGGGCCAGAGCUACGACACGGACCGCGGCCGGGUGUACGUGAAGAGCAACUCCAAGGCGGAGGCUAGAAGAAUGUUUGAGGGAGAAAUGGCAAGUUUGGAAGCCAUCUUGAAAACACAGACGAUAAAAGUGCCUAAACCCAUUAAAGUUAUAGACCUGCCUGGGGGCAAUACUCUGUUUGUGAUGGAACAUUUGGAAAUGAGAGGCUUAAACAGACAUUCAGCAAAGCUUGGAACACAACUGGCUGAUCUCCACCUUCAUAACCAGCAACUUGGAGAGAAGCUGAAGAAAGAAGAGAGCACAGUUGGUAAAGGUCAAGGGCAAAUGGAAGUCCAGUUUGUGGAUCAAUUUGGCUUUCAUACAGUUACCUGCUGUGGCUAUCUUCCACAGGUGAAUGACUGGCAGAAUGACUGGGUGACUUUCUUUGCCAAGCAAAGAAUCCAGCCUCAGAUGGACAUGAUCGAAAAGAAUUCAGGAGACAGGGAAGCAAGAGAACUUUGGGCACAACUUCAGCUGAAGAUACCCAGUUUGUUCUGUGAUGUAGAAAUUGUUCCUGCUCUCCUGCAUGGAGAUCUCUGGGGAGGAAAUGUAGCUGAGGAUGAUUCUGGUCCAAUUAUCUUCGAUCCUGCUUCUUUCUACGGCCAUUCAGAGUAUGAGCUUGCAAUAGCUGGGAUGUUUGGUGGCUUCAGCAGUUCUUUUUACUCUGCUUAUCACAGUAAAAUCCCCAAAGCUGCAGGGUUUGAGAAACGCCUAAAGCUUUAUCAGCUUUUUCACUACAUGAACCAUUGGAACCAUUUUGGUACAGGGUACAGAGGGUCUUCUCUAAACAUUAUGAGAAACCUUAUAAAGUGACUUGCUGCUUAAGCAGAAUACUUCCUAUGUUGCUUGGAAAACCCCAUACCUGGCGGUGCAACUACAGCAGUAGUAAUGUUAAAAAAAGCUACAAGACCCUUGACCUUGUUGCACAGUUAAAGACCUAGAAUCAGUGAGUCCUGCUGAAUACCAAGUGUAACAUAGUCACCCCUUUUUAGGAUAGUUGGGAGUAACUUUUAUGAGGGAAGUAUCUAAGGAAGGAAUUUAUUCAGUUGCACAAAAGAUCUGUCAGUGUCAAGAAAGCAUUGUAUGCUUGAGACUAGGCAAGGUAGUACAAAUCAAGCACUCACGUGUAAAUGAUUUGGUAGAAGUUCUUUCUUAGGGACCAAUUGUGCUUCAGAGUAGAGAAAUACCAGGGUUUGCAUUUGCACCCUAAUGGAAGACAUUAGAGAAGUGUUUGUGAAAUGGAAAAUUGCUUUUCUCAGUUACUGAGGAGAUGGCUAAAAAAGUUGCUUAUUGCUUUUUGCUGUUCCCCCCCCCCUUUACGAUAGAUUGCUCAGACUCUUUCAGCUCUUCAUGUCCAGUUAUGUGCAUGAGAACAAUGUUAACAAAAUAUUUUGAAAGUCAACACGAAAAUUAUAUAAUGGAAACUGUGAAAAAUUAUUUGGACUUGUUAUUCAUUAUGCUAAUGUGAUUCUACUGGAUGAAGACUGCUUCCUGUUCUGUUACAGAGCUGUGUGAAAAUGCUUAUAAUUUUUUCUGGCACGUGCAUUUUGGUGCCUCAUGGCAUUCUUGUAGGGUGUUCUGUGCUUGCCAGUCAGUGGGCUCUUACCUACAGCAAUUUUGUUUUCACCAGAACUAGCGUGCUCUUCUCUUUCGGAUUGUGCUUUUGUCCAACAGUGUGCAUUCUUUUCAGGUAAGACACUUUACGUGUACACAUCCUGUGAAGAUGUACUCUCACUAAUCCAAACAGAGGAUGUACUUUUUGACUGUCAUCAUUGCCCAUAGGAUAAUGCCAUCUGGUCAUGGUACAGGCUUCACAUAAAUUUUCUGUAGUUUAGACUACAGGUGCCAUAAGCUAACAUUUUUCUUCAGUCCCCACUAAGUGCACUUUGUAGCUCUUGGGAUAAGAGGCAUGAAACCAAAGGAAGUUAAAAUGUAACUCACAAAACAGCAGCUCUGCAUGACUGUCAGAAGUUCUUUAAGGAUAGCUUUGCAGAGUAGCUAUUUCUUGUACCUGCAAGAUGGUAAUACUAAAAUUGUACUCUUUUUGAUGUAGGCUGGUAAUGAUAUUUCAGUGCAAGCGUACCAGGUAGGUGAGAGAGAUGCAUGAUUCCUAACAUGCAUUUUGAGUGUUUGGGAAUGACUUCAAUUAAUUAAAAAUGUUUUUUCACUGGGUAUUGGCAGAUUACUGAGGGGUUUUUGGUUGCUGUUUUUGCAGUUAUUUAUACAAAUUGGAAGCAAGUUUAGAGAAGACUUAUCACUUGAUAUAGCUUUCUCCUUAAUUCUACUACUCUUCUCACUGGCUGUUUAACUUUUGCUACAAAAAGUUUUAAAGCCUUGCUUGGUAGAAUAGCUUUUACUUUUACCUUGUUUCUUAAAUAAAAAGUUUCCCAGUUGAUUAUUGUUGUCUCUGUUCUCUGAAUUAAAACUUUACAGCUUGCAUUCAUUCUGGGGAGCUACUUGCUCUAACCUGUUAAAGGUCCCUAGUUCGUUAGACAAUUAUGGUCAUCAAAGGUGUUGAUGGGAACAUGGUCACGGAUUUUAAUCUGGAGCAGUGUGUCACUGAAUAAAAUUUACAUGUUGUUCAGUUACAGUAUCAUUUGAUGUCCUAUCUGUGCCUUCAAACUUUAUGUGUUGUACCAGCUGUUUGGAUGUUGUUGAUGGAAUGUUAUGUCUGUGCCCAUAUCCUUACACCAUUCACCCAAACUUAACGCUGCUUAGUGCAGCUGAUUGAAGAAAUGCUGUGGAAUUUUAGCAAGCAGUCAAUCUGGUUAGAUCCCUUAACUGUUUAUUUCCAUAUGCGAUCAUAAUAAAGUUAGAUGUUAUUUAACAAGGUCAUUCUGUUGCAAAUCUUCAACAAAUCAGCAUGUUUAUUUUGCUAAAAUACCUAAAUACUUUUUUAUCAUUAGAAAGUGAAAAAGUGAGAUAAAGGUGGAUUUUCUGUCAGUCAGUCAUAGACUUGAGUGAUCAACGGUAAGUCUUUAAAGAUCACCUUUUCCUAAUAGAACUGAAUCAAAAUAUUUUUGUGAUUGAAUGAAAAUUUUGUUGUUAUGCAAGUUAGGUAAAUAGAAACAAUUGUAUUUAGAGCUUUAAUUUAAGGGAUAUUAUGCUCACUUUUUCAAAGCUAUUUUGUGCUGCGAUUAAAAUGGAAGGGGUGUAGGGAGGAAUACAAAUGGAAUGUAAUGGUGAGCUCUACUGUACCAUGGAUCCCUUGGUUUUGAGUUCUUGUAGACAGCAGUUGAACCAGGGAAUGGAGAAGGGGAUGAACUCUUCUCUUCUGAAGGCAGGCUGCUGGUGGACCCUUAAGGAGAAAUUGCUGCAGUUCUAUAAGGUAAUUUUUGUUUUUCCCUUACAUGUUGUAUAGUUCUGCACUGCUCUUAGAAUUCUCCUCUUUGAUCAAUUUGUUGCAUUGUGUGUUCUAGGCAUGCCUUUGGUAUUCUUUAUCUCUUUCUCUUACAGUUUAAAGCUAAUGUGUUCUGCUUUUCCUUCUCAUAUAUUCCUCCCUCUUGGCUCCGUCCAUACAUUCUAAAUCUGGUGAGCGUGUUUCCUUGUACCCAUGCUCUCAUUCUGUAUUUCCUGGUUUUGUAUUAUAAUUUUGCUGACUUUCCACUCCUGUUUGGACAAGGAAAAAGGAUUAAAGAACCACUGAAUUUUUCUUAAAUAUACAGUGUUCAUGUAUUUGAAUAUUGUAAAAAAUUGUAAUAUCCUAUCAUGAUGUUUCUAAGGCUUUUCUCAAGAUGGAUCACAAUAUACGUGUGGCAUAUGUAGACUAAAGCAUCUCAAGGCAUUUAUUUUUAAUAUUUUUAAAACCAGAUCUCUCUAUAUCUUUUUUCUUAAACUAAAUUUUGAAAUUAAUUCCUUAGAGAAUUAAUUAGUGGGUUGGGAUAUGAUUAUGCGUAAUUUUAAUAACAUAAGCUUCUGCCUUGGAGAGGAGCUAGGGGAAGGGAGACUUGGAAAUCUGGACUCAAUGGUUAGGAUCAUAGGAAAAUUCAGGUUGGGACAGACCUCAGGAGGUCACUUAGUUCAAUCUUCCUGCUUAAAGCAGGAUGAGCUGUGAGGACAGGCCAGGUUACUUAGGUCUUUGUCUGGUCUUGAAACUGUCCAAGGAUGGAGGCUGCACAGCCUCUAUGGGCUUGACUGUCCUGAUUGUGAAAAUACAUCCAGUUUGAACCUCUCUGCAAGAAUCUGUAUUUUUGCUGAAUUGCUUAUAGUUUUUAUGUACCCUGCAUUUCAGUAUGAUUUUUUUGUUGUUGUUUUCAUUCUCAUGGACUGCUGCCAUCUGCAAAAACUGCCUGCAGAUAUGAAUGUUGCACUCUAGCACUGUUUUCCUGCUUUUCAUCUUCACUGCUAUUCCAAAAUACAUCUGGUGAUUUUAACUGAUGCUGCGCUGUUCUAGCAGAAGUGAAAGCAGGUGGGAAGUGGUAUAUAAUUAGCUUGUACAGUAGGCACUGAUUGUGACAAAAGAUUUAAUGGGAAAGUGUAUUUCUGGUAACUAAGCCACACCAGAAUCACAAUAGCUUUAUUAUUUUUCUUUGUAAAAUAAUAUUAAAUUACUUUUCAACACAUUUUAAAAUGAAAUCUGAAAAGAAUUCACUAAAAUCUCCCAAGACAUGGUUGAUAUUAUAUACAGAGCUACAGCCUGUGCAGUUAUGCUGAAGAUCAGAUCUAUAGGAUUAAAGGAGCUCUGAAUUAUUUGUCCUUGGAUAGUUCUUUACUGAGAAACUAUAACUUCUGUCAAAGGCAAGGAGGUUUUUAUGAUGAAAAGUCUUUUCUUGCUCUUGGCUUACACUAUUCUAUACAGCUUCUUUGUUUUACUGUGAUUCUUUAGAUACUGUUACUCACAAAGGAGAAGUGAACAAUCUUUUUCUUCAUUGGUAUGCAUGGGGAUAUCUGUCUUCUGGACAGUCUUUGAAAACAAAUAGCAGCAUUUGUGAGCAAAACAAGAAGAAAAGAGCUGGGAAAUGAAACAGUUACAAACUCCACUACAAGCAUAACCCUGAGGAUAGGACUCAAACCAGGAGCCAAACAACACUCACAUAAAUAGUUCUUUGUAAUUCCUCACCAUCUUCUCAUAUCUCUCUGAUGCAAUUAAUAUUUUCCUUUGUGACCUGGCCAUGGUGCUGAAUUGUUUGUGGUAGGAGGAUUCAUUGACGUGGGUUUUUCAAGCACUCUAUUCCUUUGAGCCCAUCUGGGAUGCAUUUGAGUUGUUUUACUUCCAGAGUUUGAAAUGAUAUUGUUCGAAGUUGCUUGACUGGAAACAAUGUGAACAAAAAUGUUAGGAAACCAGGCCUUUCACCUGUGCAUUACUAAUUAAAUAUCAAUCCAAUGUGGAAGCAAACAGAAGGCUUUCCUAUCUUGGCUACUAUGUCAGUGAUGCAAUAUAUUUGGAUUAACACAGUCCUGUUUCUGGUUUAACCAAAAAUAAAAUGUCAGAAUGCUGAAAGAAGUGUUACAGUCAGUAACUAUUGGUAUCUUCACUGGUAAUUGUAGGACAGAAGUCCAUGGCCUACUAGACUGUAAAAAUUUUGGGUUCAGUAGUAAUAUUGUUUGGUUUGGUUUUGGGGGGCUUUGGGGUUUUUUUUCCCUUAACAGGUUAAUAGAAAAAUGAAUUAGGGUAUCUUUCACUAUGCAGAAAUAAGGGUACCUGCUCAUUUUAAUUUAUUUUGUUGCCAGAAAACUUUAAUCCUCUCCCCAGGUGCUCCAUUGCAACUGAGCGUAUGAUUCCCUCCUUUCAGCAGUUGGAGACCAUUGUUCUAAUAGUAGGGUACUUUUCAGGGCUUCAUACAUCCUGAAGUUCAAAUUGCUUGGCAUUUUCACUAUAUAAAUCGGUCAGAUGAGUCAUAUUAACUAACUGCCUCAAACUGUCCAAGAUCUACAGGUAUAAUCAAGUUGUUUUGAGUGCAUGUGCACUGGUUUACUGUGAUUUAAUGUACAUGCUGAGCACUUACGCUUCAAGCUUUAUUUGGUCCAGGCACAGUUGUUUGCUUUAGUAGCUGUGGCUCAUUUUCUAGGCAGAAAUGCUCCAUGGGAGUAUAUGGACAAAAUACUUAAGACUCCUACAGUAAGUGCAGACUCUUCUCUACCUCUCCCCAGCAUUAUUUUCUGUAGCUCUAUUUUGUGAAUAAUCUAUUUUACAGUUAGUAUAUCAGUGAUGUGAUGGUGUCCUGGUUUCAGCUGGGAUAGAGUUAAUUUU